GGCUGAGGACACAACCCUGCAACGCUCCAGUGUUUAAGGGGUUGUUAACUGCUCAGGAGGGACUAUAAUUUCUGAAGAUUAUAAGAACCAUACCCAUAUUCCACUAAGUGACAGACAAACAACUAUUUGACUUUAAAAACAAAUAUUUUUGUUGAAUAAUUGUUGAUAUUCUCUCCCCCAUGAGAAUAAUAAAACUUUGGUUACAUGUUAAGUGAACCUGAAAAGGUGCUAUUAUUCAUGUUUUCCUCAAUCAUUUUACAGGUUUCUAAUCAUCUGAGACCUUCACUGGUUUCCAUUGCAGAUUGCACAAUGGACUCAGCCGUACUGACCCGUGCAGGAUGUCCUGCCAUCUACCAAAAGAAAACUAAAAAAGGGAACAUUGGGACUCUGACCAGAGUCUCUGUUGGUACAAAACAACUAAGCAAACCAAAUAAAACCAUCUUACUUGUUGGUGAAACAGGAGCAGGGAAGUCCACUCUGGUCAACGCUCUCUUCAACUACACCAUGGGAGUAAAGUGGCAGGAUAAGAUCUGGUAUCAGAUUGUGGAGGAGGGGCAACAAAGUCCAACAUCAGACGUCAUCAAGUACGAGAUCUUUGACUCCAUGAAUAAAGCUCUGCCCUACUCUCUGACGGUCAUUGAUACACCUGGUUAUAUAGACACAGACGGACUGAAACAUGAUGUCAUCAUCAAUCAAAGAUUGUUUGACUUGCUUCGGUUAGAGGAUGGUAUCCGUGAAGUUCAUGCUGUCGGUGUGGUGAUGAAAGCAACAGAAAAACAAAUGAGUGACCAGCUGUCGUAUGUCUUUGAUUCAGUGAUGCGUCUGUUUGGAAAUGACUUGUACAAGAAUAUUGUAGCACUUAUUACUCACUCAGAUGGAAGAACACCAAAAAUUUCUCUUCCGGCUUUUCGGACAUCUGGAACGGUUCCUCUUCACUUCAUAUUCAAUAACCGUCAGAACGAGGCCCGAACAGAGGAAACUAGCUCAGAUCUAGAAGAAGCAUGGAGAGUGACAGAGAAGGGAAUGAGUCAAUUCACAGCUUUUCUUCAAAAGAUCUCAGCCCAGCAGCUGCAGGUAAAGGUUGGGUUUGACUCAUUCAUCAGACUAACUGCCUCCAUCCAGAGCCUGCAAGAAAAAAUCAAAGUAACUGAACUGCAACAGAAAGAAAUCAAACAGAUUCAAGAAGCCCUGAAGAAACACAAAGAAGAGAUGAAGAGGAACAAGAAUUUCACAGUGGAGGUGGAUGAAGUCUACAAUGAUAAAGAACCUCUUGAUGGUGACAAGUCCUUCUUUAAAUCAGCAGUCUGCUGCACAGUCUGUGAGCAGAACUGUCACUAUCCAGGAUGCACGAUGGCUCUAAACCCUGAACAGUGUGAGGUGAUGAAAAUGAACUCCUGCACUGUUUGUACCAGGAGCUGUCCUGCGUCAGAACAUGUUAAAGGCAACUGGAGGUAUGUGACCAAGACAAGGAAAGUGCAAAGAACCAAAGAGGAAUUUAAAAUGAGGUAUUUGAAGAGGAAUUCAGAUACACAGAAGCAAGUCAAAUUUAAAGAAACUCUAGUGAAGAAAUUGGAAAUCCUGAACAUGGAGAAGGAACGGUUGAUUGAAAAGGCUUACCAUAAUGCUCUUAAACUGGAUGACACUCUCCUCCAAGUGAAUUCAGUUUCUACAUACAUCAAUCUGGACUUCCUCAUUAAGAAGAUGAAGGAAAAAGGAGACACAGGGAAGGUUGAUAACCUGGAAAUGAUAGAUGGCCAAAUGGACGGAGGGGCCAAAUCUGUCAUCGAGUGCAAGUUUGACAUCAACUCUUUACAACAUAUAAUCUCCAACAGUUUUUUCAUCAGCUCAGGACCUCCUGCUGUCUACCAACUCAAAACCAGAAGAAAAACCAUUGGGACUCUGACCAGAGUGACGUUCGGUCAGCAAAAACUGAACAAGCCAAAUAAAAGCAUCUUACUUGUUGGUGAAACAGGAGCAGGAAAAUCUACGCUGAUCAACGCUCUGGUCAACCACGCCAUGGGCGUGAAGUUUGAGGAUAAAGUCUGGUUUCAGAUCGUAGAAGAUGAGAAGAGAAGUCAGACAGAAAGCCAGACUUCAGAUGUGAUCGUGUAUCAGAUCUUUGGUUUUGAGGGUAAAACUCUGCCGUUCUCUCUGACCAUCAUCGACACUCCUGGAUAUGGAGACACCAGAGGGAUUGAACAUGACGUCAUCGUCAGUGAAAGAUUGUUUGAGUUGUUUCAAUCAGAUAAUGGCAUUCAUGAAAUUGAUUCAGUGGGUCUGGUGCUGAAGUCAAGUGUGAACCGUCUCAGUGACCGUCUGAGAUACAUCUUCGAUUCAGUGAUGUCUCUGUUUGGAAAAGACAUAGAGAAAAACAUUGUAGCUCUGGUCACUCACUCCAAUGGAAGGAGACCAAAGGACUUGCUUCAGGCCCUUGACGCUGCAAAUAUUAAAUGUGCCAAAGAUGAGAAGAAAAAGCCUGUUUGCUUCCUGUUUAAUAACUGCCAACAUGAGGAGCGAACAGAGGAAGCAGAAUAUCUUGAAAAUGCUGAUAGAAUAGCAGCGAAAGGUCUGAGUGGCUUUACUGAUUUCCUGGGAACAACUGCACCUCAAAAACUGCAAACCACUUUGGAUGUUCUCAACGAACGGAUCCGACUGUCAGCCUGCAUCCAAAACCUGCAGGAGAGGAUCCGACUGUCUGAGCUGAAACAGACAGAAAUUAAACAGAUCAAAGAAGCCCUGAAGAACUACGAACAAAAACCUGAGAGGAAUAAGACAUUUGCUGUUGAAGUUUAUGAAGCAUACAAAGACAAAGAACCUAUUGAUGGAGGGAUCUGGUUGAUGAUUUUAUUUAAAGGAGCGGUUUGCUGCACUGUCUGUGAGGAAAACUGUCACUCUUCUGGAUGCACAAGUUCUAGAAACAUAAAAGACUGUAAGGUGAUGAAAGAUGGCCGCUGCACCGUUUGUUCAUCAAAAUGUCCCGUGUCUGCUCAUAUUAAAGGAAAGUGGAGAUAUGUGACCAAAACAAGGAAAGUUCAGAAGAAUAUGGAAAUCAUAAAAAGAAGAUCUAAAACACAAAAACGUUUGGGCAUUUUACAAAAUCUUGAGUGUGAAAUUAAAGCUCUCAGAGCAGAGAAAUCGGAUUUGCUGGAAGAGGCCUUCCAACAUGUUGUCCAUCUGGAGAAGAUUGCUCUCAAGGUUAAUUCUUUGUCCACAUUUGUCCACUUGGACUUCUUGAUUGAAAAGAUGAAGGACAAUGGAGACACAAAGAAGGUCCAGAAACUGGAGGAAAUGAAGAAAAAGGAAGAUGAAGGAGCUAGAUCCAAACUGCAACAUGUGUGGAAUAAAAUAGAAGCAGCUGGAAAGAAAGUGAAAGAAGUUCUGAACAGUGAACUGAGCACCUUCUGAUUUGAAUUGUGUCUUAUAAUUUGUAGUUGAACUAUUGCUCAGAUAAAGUUAGUCACAACAUGAAAACAGUCAGA